AUGGCGGCGGCCGGGCGGCGGUGCGCCGUGGUGUGGCUGGCGCUGGCGGCCGGCGCGGUGGCGGCGCUGGGCAGGCGGAGCCAAGUGAAGACGCUGACGGACGGCACGUGGCGGGUGCUGCUGGAGGGCGAGUGGAUGGUGGAGUUCUAUGCCCCUUGGUGUCCUGCCUGCCAGAACCUGCAGCCCGAGUGGGAGAAAUUCGCUGAGUGGGGUGAAGAUCUGGAGGUGAAUAUUGCUAAAGUGGAUGUGACAGAGCAGCCAGGAUUAAGUGGACGAUUUAUCAUAACAGCUCUUCCUACCAUCUAUCAUUGUAAAGAUGGAGAGUUUAGGAGAUACCAGGGGGCAAGAACUAAAACUGAUUUUAUAAAUUUCAUCAGUGAACAGGAAUGGAAGUCCAUUGAACCUGUUUCGUCGUGGUUCGGUCCUUCCUCUUUUCUGAUGAGCAGUAUGUCUGCUUUGUUUCAAUUGUCAAUGUGGAUCAGGCAUUGCCAUAGUUAUUUGACAGAAAGUGUUGGAAUACCAGUUUGGGGUUCAUAUGCCAUUUUUGCAUUGGCAACUCUCUUCUCAGGACUGAUACUGGGACUUAUAAUGGUAUUCUUAGCGGACUGUCUCUGUCCAUCCAAAAGGCACAGACAACAGCAAUAUCCUUAUUCAAAAAAGCUAGCUCCAGAGUCAGCUCAGCUGUUGAAAAAGCUGGAUGAGGAGCAAGAAGCAGAUGAGGAAGAUCUUUCAGAUGAUGAAACAGAGGAUAAAGAGGUGUCCAACAGAAACUCCUCAGUGAACGCUGUAAGACAGCGCCCAGUGAACCCUACUACUACAAUGGAUAAAUCUUAGUUUUAUUUACAUGCAGGAUUACUGUUUGAGUCACUAACUCAAAAGGAGUCGAAUGUAUCAAGUUCUUCAGCUUGAAGAGAGGAGUGACUCCAGUUGUGAUAGUAUUGAUGCAUUUCACUAAUUCAGAAAAAAAGAUAUACUUAAUAUAUCUUUGGCAUCAGAUAUUCAAAACUAAAAUAUGCUGUUGAAAAUGGCUGAAACUUCUCCCGUCUGUGUGCAGAGAAGUGACAAGAAAUAAUUUGCGUGGCUUUUUGAAUGACUUGUUCUAUAGCUGUUUUACAGAAUAUAAGCCGGUGUACUUGUUGCAUUAGGGAAUAUUAGGAAGGAAAAUGCACUAACCUGUUUGCUGUUAAAGCAUUCGCAAAGGUUUCUCAAUAUAAAUCUUAUCUAGUUGUGCUCUGAAGAAAUGCUGAGGGGAAAAAUUCCUUCAAUUAUGGGACCUUCUCCAGUCUUUUCAUGUGACAAAAAUCUGUUAAAAAUAGUCUAGUUCUGCUAUGAUAAUGAGUGCUACAAAAAAUCCAAUCUUCCUUCAUCCAAAUCUCUUACUAAAGGCUACCCUUCAUUUGGUUAAGUUGCUAAGACCAAUGUGUUGAUUGUCUUCAGAACUAAGUAACAACUUGUUAAUGCUGAAUAAGCAUUAGUGAGAAAGAUUUUUCCCUUUACUAGAAUGAAGAUGCAUUUUGCAAAGUACUUGUGUUCUGUUCAGCAUUCUUUUCCCUUGCUCUCCUAACUUUUCAAGCCAACUUCUGCAUUUUGAGUUAAAAUCAGAGCUCUGGAUUUCCAGUUUGGAGGAAAAAAUAUGAUCUGAUGAGACCAUGUUUCGACUUGAAGUCAGAAGAGCAGCGGAACAAUGUAACAUCUCAUUCAUAAUUUAGCAGGCUGCUUAUGCUGCUUGUGGAGGAUGUGAACGUUCAGAGGUACCGUGUAAAAUGCUUGGUAUUGACCGAGUAAUUUCUAGUUGCCUUCGUUUUUGAGGAAAAUGUAUUUUUGAUUUCUAUUUACAAGCUUCCGAGCAUUUUUUUUUUUUUUUAAUAUACUUGAGACAAAUUACUAUGAGCUUCUGAAGAAAGCAAGAUAAUGGUCUUCUGCGUGCCAAUAGAAAUAGCAUACACUCCUGAUCCGGUCCUCAGUGUGAAUUUUCUCUUUGACCAGAAGUUAAUGUAUGGUGAAAAAACUUGAGCACAAAACUCUAGAAAUGUAUCAGAGUGCUCUUCUGCCCCUUUUUUAUUUUUAAGAGAGUGUUCAGGUCCAUGUCAUUAGUUUACUGCACAGCUCUUCUGCUUUUUCAAAUACUACAUGCCUGCUAUAGUUGGCAAAUAAGUAAAGAUAAGUUAGCAUUUGCUACUAGAGCACAGACAACUGAUGGAGAACUAAUCCAGACGAGUUAAAACACAAGCUCAAGAAUACUCCAAAGCCCCUUUGGGAAAUGAGUUUUCAGAAUAACAAGCUCACUCUGAUCCAGCAUAGAAUCAAGUUCCCUUGAAAUAAUCUGAAGCACUGCUUGAGACAUUUCUGUCAUCUUAGGAAAUCUUAACUAUAAUUGAAGGAGUGAUCUCCAGUAUAGACAACUACCUAAAACGUAAAUUUUUCUGUAAUGAAGUUGCUGUGAUACUUCUUUAAUGACAUUACUACCUUUAUUCAGAGGGGCAGAAAUUCCCUUCUGAAAUGCAUCUUGUACUUCUGCUGACUGUUCAUAUCCACUGUGCUGGAGUUAGGGUUGAGUGAGCAAAAUCCAGAGCGCUUGUCUUUGCCAUCCUCAUGUAUAGAAGUUGCUGGAAGUGUGCGGUGUAGUGCAGAAUCUCUGGCUGCCUAGAAAUGUACUAUUUAUAUUGAUUACUUUUAGAACAUGAAUAGGAAAUUCUUAUUCUAUUCUGAAGACUGCAGAAAGCUAUAUACUUCUUAGUGAAGUAAUUCUACUCUGAAAAAAUAACAAGUAGCAAGUCGCAAUGACUGAUUCAGAUGGGGUUAGUUUACACAUAAGGUACAUUUCUGUUGAGUGUGAAUCCUACCCAUUCAUCCUGCUGUAUGGCAGUAGAACUCUGCUUGUUGUUAAUACAUCAUCAAUAAUUUAUGCUUAACUAAAUCUUGCUAAAAAUCCAACCAGACUGUAGCUGUUCUCAACUUGAAAUAAUUAUACUUUUUCCCUAACAGAAUGUCAUCUUUUCUGUUUUUACUAAACCAUCUUAAAACAAUAUACCUUAAUCAUUUUUUAAAAAAUCUGUAGUCUACUGUUUUCUCUGACUUUUAUUUUCCCUGUGUAGAAAUAAAAAAAAAAAAAAAAAAAAAAUGCAUAUAAGCAUUGGACUGCUGUAUCUUGCAUUCCUUAAAUUUCCAUUAUUCCUUCAGUUAAUUUCUAAAGUGUAUACAAGUGAAAGAUAAGUUUAAUGAUGAGAACACUUAGGCUUUCUAGCAGGCCUGUUCUGGCUGGUCUUUUUUCAGCUUUCAUCUCAGUGAGCUUGUAGGCCUGGCAGACAGUUGACAAAUCUGUGUCAAUAAUAAACUUGAUUGUGAGUCAUUGAGACUGCGCACAGAAGUGCCCUUGAUAAUAUUUUCACUGCAGCGUGGCUGCCAGAUGGGAUUAUUAAGAAGGCAGACUGUCAGACAAGGAGCUAGAAAUGAACUUUGGGAAUGAAAGAAUUAAGAAAAAGCAGUAUUUACAGUUCUCACAGGUGAAUCAGUUUGCCUAAAGCUGUUAAGGAUACUUUUUUUUGUUGAAAUCUAUCUUUAACAUUUCUUUGUAAAUUGCAUUUUGUGUAUAUCUGACAGAUCAUAAUUCUGUCUGCGUAUUAUGAAUGGAGAAAAGUGAUUCAGCUUUCCAAAUAUCUGAGCAAAUCUUCCAAAAAGUUUAGAUGAAUAAGAAUGAGUUGUAAUAAGAUAUCCUUGAACAAAAACUUUUUUUUUUUUUCCCUCUGAACUUUGGUGCUCUGGAAUGACUUAUCCCAGGCAAAAAAAAGAAAUGAAAAAAAGAAAAACUACUGGGUUAUAUGUUUAGAAGAUAUAUCUGCAAUGCUUGAAAUAAUCCUUUUGGUUAAAAUUGAAGUGUUCCUGUCUUUUUUAAAAUAUCAAAACUUCUCCUGGAGUGUGAAUGGAUACCAGUGUGUACCGUAAAUGCCAUUAAGGUGUUGGUCUUGUGAGUUUGCCUUAAAUUCUCUAAAAGUGUAGAUCUUAGUCUUUGCCACUAGUAAACUAAAGCAAUAACUCCAUGAUUUAUUAAGGAGAAGUACUAGCAUUGUCUUUGGUAAAUGGUGUAUUUCGUUAGUUUGGAGAGGAUUUGAGGAGACAAGGAACACAGAAAUAGUGUGGCUGUUGAUAGGUAAAAACUUUUUUUUUUUUCUUUUUUAGUCUAAAGUGUAUGGGGUAACUCAGCUUGGAAUAUAUUUAAAUGUAGCUAUUAAAAUCCAGACUGUUUUUAGGGUUCUCUGUAAUUUUUUUUUCUUAGCUACUUUAAAACUCAUUGUGCAAUAUAGAAAAUAUAUACUGAUAAAUUCUGGCUAACACUUCUUUUAGACUUAAAAGAACAAACACAACCUUUUUCCUUGCUGCUUUCCUGUUAGCUUCCUGGUUUAACAAGAAAUUCUAGCACUGACUUACCUUGCCUCUGCCUCCUGCACUCCUGCCUUUUCUUACUGCCUCCCUGCCUUAGGCAAUUAGUCAAAUUCAAAAACUGCCUCUUAGUCAUAAGUGUUCGAGUUGCUGGAAUCCAGCCUUUGUGUUGCAGACCUAUGCUUGUGAUUAUUGUAACUUCUGCAAGUACUGUUUUGAUUAUCCAUGGGGAACCUGCAUUUGCUGAUCUCUCUUAAAUUUUACUGUUCAUAUUUUUAAUAAUGUUACAAUUUUGUCCUGUGAAUAUUUAAGUUGCUUAUUUCAUCUGUAUUCCAAAGAUGUUUACUGAGGUUGAUCUAAGGUUGCAAUGUAACAAAUGCGCAUAAGAGCCUGUCCUUUGUGUGUGUUGAUAAUGCUUGAAUAUCUGUUUUGUAAAAGUCAGACUGCCCUCUUCAUAUCCUCACCUUGAACAAGCAUGUCCAAUUUAAUUCCAGAAGGAAUGAAUGAAUUGUAACAAUACUUUUUUUUAAAAAAAAAUGUUUGUCAGAGAUUCUUCAAGUAAAAAAUAACCACCAGCUUUGGA